UUCUAUAAACCUCAAACAAAACCUCUGUUCUAACUUCUAACUCUUACAAUAACCAACUUCUCAAAUGGCUUAUAAUUACCGUUUUGCCUUUUUCCUCACCGUCCUCACCGCCCUCGCCGGGAUCUCCUCCGCCGCGUUGGUCAAGGAGCAGCCGCUUGUUCUGAAAUACCACAACGGCGCACUCUUGAAAGGAAACAUCAACGUCAAUCUCGUUUGGUAUGGGAAGUUCACACCCACCCAACGGUCAGUGAUCGUCGACUUCAUCCGCUCGCUCAACUCCAAAGAAGCCACAACCUCCGCCGCUCCCUCCGUCGCGUCGUGGUGGAAGACGACGGAGAAAUACAAAGGCGGAGCUUCGACUCUCGUCAUCGGGAAACAGCUCCUCCUCGAGAACUACCCCCUCGGAAAAUCUCUCAAGAAUCCUAACCUCCGUGCUCUAUCCACCAAACUUAACGGCGGUCUCCGUUCUAUAACCGUCGUUUUAACGGCGAAAGACGUUUCCGUCGAGGGCUUCUGUAUGAAUCGAUGCGGGUCCCACGGAUCGUCCGUCUCCACUUCGCGCCGCGCGGCUAACGGCGAGGCUUACGUCUGGGUCGGAAACGCUGAGACGAUGUGCCCCGGAUACUGCGCGUGGCCGUUUCACCAGCCCAUUUACGGCCCACAAGGGCCGCCGUUAGUUGCGCCUAACGGUGACGUUGGAGUCGACGGGAUGAUUAUAAACCUGGCUACGCUGCUAGCUAACACCGUCACGAAUCCGUUUAAGAACGGUUAUUUCCAGGGCCCACCAACUGCUCCACUUGAAGCUGUCUCCGCUUGUACCGGCAUGUUCGGGUCGGGUUCUUACCCGGGUUACGCGGGUCUAGUGCUCGUUGACAAAACGACCGGGUCUAGCUACAACGCUCGUGGACUCGCCGGGAGGAAAUAUCUCUUGCCGGCGAUGUGGGAUCCACAGACGUCGACGUGCAAGACUCUGGUUUGAUCCAAGGGAUGUGAGUAUGACACGUGUCAUGUUCUUGAAGGAAUGAGGAGAUCUAGAUGGCAUCUAUAGUCAAAACAAGUUGUAACUCGCGCUUGUAUAAUACUAUAUGCUUUCGGGUUUGGACUGUGGAUAAGAGUCUUUGCUUUUGUCGUUUUGUUAUGACGUGUAAAUUAUGUUUCUUGAAUGUGAAGAUAUAUGAAUAGUAUAAAAUAAAAUGAUUUUGUUU